GUCCGUGUUGUGACAGAGGGAGGGGUGAGAGGGAGGCAGGCAAAAAAAAAGAGAAAAGGCUUUCUGGCAGCGGCGUUCGUUGGGCUCCAGAAACCAAUCAAGGGGAUACUACACUCGAGACAUCAAUUGAACACCUGACAGGAAAAGCAGUCAAUCUAUCAGCGGCGACCUUCGGAGAAUCAUUGGAUUUGACAACAAAUGUUUUGACAACAUGGAAGAUUUCAGUAUCGAUCAGAAAAAACUGCCUGGCGUCAAACAGGUGUGUCGAGACUUUGCUGUGCUAGAAGACCACUGCCUGGCCCACAACCUUCAAGAGCAAGAAAUUGAGAGCCACCUGGCCUCCAAUAUCCACAAGAGCAAGCUGGUGCAGCAGGACCUUCGGGUGGCCAAGCGUCUGCAGGAGGAGGAGGAGCUGCGAGCCAAGGCCCAGAGCCGGAGGCAGCACAAAGACAUUGAACGCAUUGAUAGUGAAAUCGCUCAAGAAAUUCAGGAGCAACUGGUCUGGCAGGCUGAGCAGCAACGGCAACAGGAGGAGAAGGAUGAGGCUAUUGCCCGUAAACUACAAGAGAGAGAAAUGAAGGAGGAGCGGAAGAGGCAGAAGCAGCUGGAGGCGAACUUUGAGGAGCCGUACUAUGAAGACAGAGGAGCUUACCGACACACUCCAGACCCACGUGUACAGCACCCAGGCUCUGAUUUACCAGUAUCCAGCAGGGAAAGGCACCAUGAUCGAGGUCGGUCACCAGAUCACCGGUCUCUGGCACUGGACCAAAAAACACGACCGGACAGAUACGCUGAAUAUUACCCUGCAGAAUCUAGUCGGUCAAAAGCUCCAGAGAAUUAUAACUCUGAAGGUACCAGAGGUAGACAUAAUGGAAAGAGCAGACAGCCCGAAUACUACAUUUCAGAGGGUCGGACUAAGUACCCUGAGGAAUACUUGUCUGAAAGAAACAGGCACAUUGAAGCAGAAUAUACUGAACAUCGAAGAGGCAGGAAAAACCAGACCCAGGACCAGUGGGCCGAACCUUGUUUUGACCAGGAACCCAUGGUGUCCCUGAAGGAGAGACCUUACAGGGAUGACUUAGUUGAUAGGGACAAGACCUGGGAUAAAGAUAGAGACAGGGCAAGGAGAAGGGACAGAGAUGAAGAAAGGGACCGAAGGAGAAAUAGAGAUAGAAGUCAAGAUAGGUCCUUAAAUCUUGACACUAUCAGAGACCAACAUUGGGGCACAGAAAUGGAACAGGACGUGGACAGAAAUGGCUAUAGAGCCAAGAGUAGAGACAGGGAAAGAGACAGACAUUUAGCCAAAGAAAGGGACAGGGACAGGGAAAAACAUCGGACUGGAGACUCAAGCAGAGGGCGAGAAGUGGAUGAUCCAAGCUUACCUUCAACUAGUAGGGCCUGGUCAGAAGAGAGCAUGGAGGAUGCAGACUAUGGAAGCAGGCAGAGAGUCAGCUCUGACUCUAAUGAUGGAUUUGAGGAGCCCAAUUCCAGAGGUCACUCUGGUGAGCCCAGGUCCUCAGGGCAUCCCUCCAAGGAGAGAGGACGAAUUGUGCGAGGAGAAUAUGGCGUGAAGGAAGCAACGCAAGGUUUGGCACAGAUGGACCUUCGUGAGCAGGAGCUCAAGGACAUGGAGGUGGCACGCAAGCUGCAAGAAGAGGAACUGAAAGCACGUCGACUUGACAAACGAGCUGCUCAAGUUGCACAAGAUGAGGAAAUAGCACGACGGCUGAUGGAGGAAGAGAAAAAGGAGUAUAAGAGGUCUAGAGAGAAAGAGAAACAAGCUAUGGAGAGGCAGCAGAGGGAGAGACGACCUGAGGGAGACUACAAGCCCGUGCAGGAGGACGUAGUUCGGCCACGAACACGAGAAGAGCACGACUACCAAAGAGCUCGGAAUAAUCCUAAACCAAUCAGACCUCCUCCUCCUCGCAUCCAUAACUAUGAGAAUGUGGACAGUAGUUACGCCUAUUCAGAGAAUUACUCAGCUCGGCCACCUCCCAGACCUGACGCUGCUUACAAAGGUGCCUACUACAGACAGUGACCCAGGCCUCAGUCGCUGUGCUUUAAUGGUUUGUGCUGUUUUUCUCUUCACUUUUUGAAGACAGUCGUAACCUUCUGACAAAGGGGUGGGUGACAUUCCGAUAUAAAGAGAAAUCACUUUGUUUUCAAAGACUGACCUCUGAUUUUGGCUAGCUACUUAUAUACUUUCCCUUUUUUUUUAAUAUCUCUCCAUGUAUUUUCAUUGUUUUUUUUUUUUUUUGUUGUUGUUCUUUUUUUUUUCUUCAUGCUUUGAGAAACAGAAAAUGUGCAAAAAAUAUUUCCACAUGACAUAUUGGGACUUAUCACAUGACGUGUCUUUUAUCAUGGACCCAAGAUCUAUUGUACUGUUGUGAGACAGGACUUUUUCUGUUUACGCAUGCGUCUCGUUCUGUCGGGGGCAAAUCUCUCCUUUCUCUGCAUUGCUACUACUGAGGUUCAUCAGUUUUGUAGACUUCCACUGUUUCUCCUACUCACUCUCCUAAAAGAACAAAACUUGGUGAUACUUUGUUUAAGUGGUCCUUUUUAGAUGAAGCAAACACUCAACAGACUCUCUAACAUGUCAAAAACAUAUGAGGGUUAUGGUUGGGUUUUGGGUUGAGGUUAAUGUUAGGGUAAGGAUUAGGGCAAGGGUUAUGGGUUUGGGUUGAGGUUGGGUAAGUUCAGGUUUUGCGUAAUGGAAGUAACAUGUUAACAACACAACUACAUAAUGUAAGCAAUGUAUCAACAGAACAUCUACAAGAUAUUUACUUCGAUGUAUUCAGAUGCUUCACUACUGCUACUGUUGUUGAUGUUACUGAUGCUCUGUUAAGAGUUUAUUAAUCAUCUACAAAGGACCACUCAAAAUGAAGUCUUAUCCAAAGCUUUUUCACUUUCUCUCAUCCCCUUUAAGACCUCGUCCCUUUUUAGGGAAAUACAUUUCUGUAAACUUAAGGGGGAAAACAGGAAUUGUCUUUCUGUAUGUUUGUUGACUUGACCUGAGGUCUCCUUUUUACUGUUCUCCAAUAACCAUGAAGUUACCCCACCUUUAAACUAAUGGGAAGCCCAGUAUAUUGUCUUCCCUCUGAUUAAUGAAGAAAGGACUUAAAAGUUUGACAUUUGGGUCACUAAGUUGUUGUUACUGUACUUGUGAGCUCUUGAUGCUUAAAAUUAGCCAUCAUUCUACAUCAUUCUCAAGCUUAAACUCAGGAGAAAUGUUUAGUCACGCUCUCCAAUGCACAAGAGUAAAGAACAUAAGCCUGAGGUUCGAAAACAGCUUUUAUUGCAGCAGUGCACUCAUAGUUCUGCUUAAGACUUUGGAAUCAGUGUUUUCAGUUAUGUAAUCCCAUUUUUUUUUCUGCAGAGACACUUUAUUCUGAUGUUGGGAAUACUAUGCAGUUUUAUAGAGUCUGAUUCAUUUAUAGACCCAAAGUGAUGAGUACACAGUAAAUGGUUCUGACAUGACUGAGAAAGUUGUACUGCAUUGCAGACCAUGUUAUAAUACAGUUAAAUCCAUGAUUCCUCUUAUUUAAAAAAAAAAAAAAAAGUAUAAUAAGUAGAUCAUAUUUAUUAAAUGAUUACUAGUUCGUACCGAAAUACUUGAAAAAUGGAGUAGAACACAUACAUUAUGCCUUUUAGUGUUUGCUUUAUAUCACAAAAAUACUACUAUAGGAGGGGGGAAAAAACAGAAAAUGAAUUGAUUCCAAAUUUUUGAGCUAUAGUGUAUAAUUACCUCUGAGUGCAUGCUGAAUGAAGGAAGAGUGCCCGGUGUUAAAUUUCACCUAAUUUCUCUGCAUACAGCCAAUGAUCACACAUCACAGCUUUUCUUUAUUUUUAUUUAUUUAUUUCUAAUUUAUUUUAGUAUAAUUGUAAUAAAAAAAAAAUCAAUGAAGUAUAAAAUCACACAUAUUCGAAUGGUAAUUUAUUUUGGGACAUUACAUUGCUGUGCACAACCUGGUACAAUGAGUCUGAUACUGCAAAAAGACAAACAGAACUCGUUUUCAUGGUCAUUAAAAUGUCUCUCUGCUUGCUGUUUUGGAUGCAACCUUGCCUUGACCUGGGCACGCUGAAUAUGCCUGUAAAGACGAAUGCAACAAAUGGACAGAAAAGGAGCAAAUGUUUAUCGCUCCUCAAGCUUUCUUUUUUCCCAAGGCAUCUUCAUGAUCACUUUGCUACAUUCCAGAAUUGUCUGUCAUUCACGGUUUAAAGGGAUUAUGCGCCUCUGCAUCUAUAAAUAGGGAUCCACCCACACUCUGCAUCGGAAAAAUGGGACAUGAUUGUGUGGACUAUAUGUAGCUUCCUGUACUGAAAGACGAGCAUCAGUUAACUCUACUUUGGUAUCAUUAGUGCCUAUACUAGACCAAUGUUCAAUGGCCAGUACUGUAUGCCUCCAUUAUACAUUCAUACAGAGACACUCGUCUGUCUUGGUGAACUGACGUCUGAAUGGCAUGAUUUGAAGAAGAGAAAAAUAGAGAAGUGGAAAGGAGGUAUUGCCAAGUUGCUGUGCUUAAUGUACUUGAGUAUUAUUCAACAGAUUUUUCUGGAUGAACUCUAUCGAAUCGGCAGUUAUGUAUAUUUCAAUGAUGAUUCCACAUGUUAAGAUGGUCAAGGUGACUAGCUGAGAUGAUUCUCAUCUGCUCUUUUCUUUCUCUGUCAGGAUGCUGGUGCAGUAAUGUACUGCACUCUGGAAUUUGAUACAGAUAUGUGUUUAAAUUCUGGACAUAAUUGGCUGUUUGGACCCUGUGCCAAAUGUUCUACUUUCAGGGACAAAAAGUGUUGCUGUAUCAAAAAAAAAAAACUUUCUAAGUACUGUCAGCAUCUCAUAUCAUCUGUGGCCAAGGGAUCCGGUUUACAAACACAUUUUCUACACGACUACAAUCGGCCCCGUGUGCAUAUGUAUGCGUGUGAGACGGCAAAAUUCAUGCUCGAAGUGAGGACGUCGCACCCAUAUACCCGUUUGUUCUACAGUCAGCUGCUGUAUAUGUCUUGUGACCUACCAUGAGUGUUUGUAUCUUGUACAUUCUUUCAUAGCUUCCACUGGCCAAUUGAGUAUCAUUUAUGUAAAUAUCAAAUAAAUUACUUUUAAAUAA